CUCUUUUUUCCCCAGUAAAAUGAAAUCGAGAAAUUAAAGCAAAACCCUCCUCCUCGCACCGCCACCGCUCGCUAUAAAGCAUUUUGCAGAUAGACGAGGACUGGUCAGAAAUCUCUCCUCCAAUCCCUUCUCUCUCUCUCUCUCGACCCUCGAUCUCUCUGAGUGCAGCAAUGGAAGGAACCGGCGUCGUGGCAGUGUACGGAAAUGGCGCGAUUACGGAGGCGAAGAAGUCGCCGUUCUCCGUGAAGGUGGGUCUAGCGCAGAUGCUCCGAGGCGGUGUAAUCAUGGACGUCGUCACACCCGAGCAGGCUCGCAUCGCUGAGGAAGCCGGCGCUUGCGCUGUCAUGGCGCUCGAGCGCGUCCCGGCGGACAUUCGAGCGCAAGGCGGUGUCGCUCGCAUGAGCGAUCCUCAGCUCAUUAAGGAGAUCAAGCAGGCAGUCACGAUUCCCGUCAUGGCCAAGGCGCGGAUCGGCCAUUUCGUCGAGGCUCAGAUCCUCGAAGCCAUUGGAAUCGAUUACGUCGACGAGAGCGAGGUUCUGACUCUGGCCGACGAGGACAACCACAUCAACAAGCACAAUUUCCGGAUCCCUUUCGUCUGUGGUUGCCGGAAUCUCGGCGAGGCCCUGAGGAGGAUUCGGGAAGGCGCCGCCAUGAUCAGGACCAAGGGAGAGGCCGGGACGGGGAACAUCGUGGAGGCGGUGAGGCAUGUUAGAUCCGUAAUGGGGGACAUUAGGGUUUUGCGAAACAUGGAUGACGACGAGGUGUUCACUUUCGCCAAGAAGAUCGCCGCUCCGUACGAUCUGGUGAUGCAGACCAAGCAGCUCGGCCGUCUCCCCGUCGUGCAGUUCGCCGCCGGCGGUGUGGCCACCCCGGCCGACGCGGCGCUCAUGAUGCAGCUGGGUUGCGACGGUGUCUUCGUGGGGUCGGGUAUCUUCAAGAGCGGUGACCCGGCACGUCGAGCCAGGGCCAUCGUGCAGGCCGUGACGCACUACAGCGACCCGGAGAUGCUGGCUGAGGUGAGCUGUGGGCUCGGAGAGGCCAUGGUUGGGAUCAAUUUGAACGACGACAAGGUGGAGAGGUUCGCUAAGCGCUCCGAGUGAGGGUUCAGAUUCCAUAUGGUUCGGCGUUCUCGAUCUCUCUCAUCUCUAUAAAUUGAAUUUAGUGUCGUCAAAAAAAAAAAAGAUGAUAGAUUUGUUAGCGUCUUACAUUGGGUUUUCCGAAUUGUUUCAAAGUGUUUGGUCGUGCUGAAACUCUGUUUCAUCAGCAACGUAUCCUCCAUUUGCUAGAACAUGUCUUCAAUGAUAAUAAUUGCCCAUUUGAUGAUGA